AUGGCGCCUACCAAAUCAAUCUUGCUUCCUCUUCUCGCAGCUCUCCCACAUGCAUCUGCAUGGGGAAGCUUGGGGCAUACCACCGUCGCCUUUAUUGCGCAGAACUUCGUCGCUACUAAGACGGCAACGUUCGCGAAGAACCUACUGGGCGACACAAGCACCGCCUAUAUGGCGAAUGUUGCUACUUGGGCAGACACUUACCGGUCCGAAGCUGCUGGUAAAUUCUCCAGUGGCUUCCACUACAUUGACGCUUUGGACAAUCCUCCCAAGACUUGCGGCGUGAUCUACGAGCGCGACUGCCCAGACGGCUGCAUUGUGUCCGCGAUUGCAAACUACACGACGCGUGCCGUGCAGACAAGCCUCGAGGUGGUCGAGCAGCAGAAAGCGCUGAAAUGGUUGAUUCACUUCAUCGGUGACAUCCACCAGCCGCUGCACGUGGAGAACCUCGACGUCGGCGGUAACACCAUUAACGUCACGUUUGACGGUGCCAAAACCAAUCUCCACGCUGCAUGGGACACUGCGAUUCCGCAGAAGGUCGCUGGCACGACGUACUCCAUUGCGAAUGCGCAGGCAUGGGCAACCAACCUGACGACCGAGAUCAAGACGGGCAAAUUCAAGAGCCAGGCCGCUUCCUGGAAGACCAACAUCAACGUCAACACGCCCAUCAACACCACCAUGCUCUGGGCCGUCGACACAAACUCCUACGUCUGCACCACCGUCCUGCCCAAGGGCGUCGCGGCUGUCAACGGCCAGGAGAUCGACAACGCUUACUACAAGACUGCGGCGCCGGUCGUUCAACUGCAGAUUGCUAAGGCCGGUAUCAGGCUUGCGGCGUACUUGGACGCCUUGGUCGCGAAGACGAGUGCUAAGGCAUCCACAUUGAAGAGGGAAGUCGAGGGAGAGAUGGAGGAAUACAGCAAGAGGGAGUUUGCUCUGGAGCCAUGGAUGGUUGAGGCAAAGGAGAAGAGGAGCGCGUUUGGAGAUUGCAACUGUGGAGAGGCAGACCACACUCAUUGA